AUGAGCACAGUUCCUGAUUAUCUGGCUCUUGUCUAUAUCAGUGAAGCAAUGGUUAAAGCUGAGAUUAAAAGGAUGACUAGUGAUCGGUUUAAGAAUAGCUUUCUUGCUACGCUUGAUACUGCUUUUAAUGAGUCGACUAAUUGUAACCCAUGUUAA